AGGCCGUUGAGCGUUAACUCUCUUCAGAAUACCAAUUCUACUUUCCUUUUAAGUUCUUCUUCUUCUUUCUGUCUUGAAGUCACGCAUUUGUACGCCUUCACUCCGAUGCGCAUACGUGAAACAGCGGAUGCGCGCCUCCACGACCCCGCAACGCCACCACUUCGUCCUCUACUAAGACAUUUUAAGUUUCUUUCCUGUACCGCUUUCUUUUUUUCUUUUACACCUCUGUGGAAGCUAAAACUGAUUUCCAAAUAAUAAUUCCAGCUUACUCACUGGAUUACCGCCUACGAAGUCUGACCGCUUUGUUCUCUUUUGAGGAGACAGCUCGUAUAUGCGUCACCACGUGCGUCGAAGAACACUUUAGCUUUCCUUUCCGGCUCCUCUUGUUUCCUCCUUCCGACCAUCUGUCACUCUGUGCACUCACUUGAGAGCUAGAGCUACAGCUACAGCGUUGGUCUCAGCAAGCGAAUCGCCAGCAAACAUCUCUGAUUUCUGUACCCCGAGUGUUCCGCCUCACACCAUGUCCGCCAACGUCGACGUGCCGUACACGCAGCGCAGCGUCUCCGCGCUCUCGCAGCGCAGAACCAACCCCGCCAACGCACGCGCACCGCAGCCCAUCAGCGACUCCAUGGUGCGUGAGCGCCUCUCCGUCAAUCUGCCGGACCGCUUCCACUACCUCCACAACACAGUGCCGAUGGGCCGCCACAGGGCACAGCACCACCGCCACCACCGCCGCAGCACCAGCUCCGGCAGCGACCAGAGCGGCGACAACGGCAAGGACGACGCGCACAGCGACCUCAACGACUGCACCAGCUACGCGCCGCCGUUGGGGCACGACGACAACGCGGACGACCGGACGCGGACCGAGCGGCGCAGCAACGUCAGCAGCGACGACAGCGGCAGCGACAGCGACAGCGGCAGCGACGACGACGCCCCGCCCGCCGAGGAGGAGUACGCCUUCUACGCGCGGCUCGUCAAGCUGGGCCGCGGCGACGGCCACGACGGCGCCCACCCAGCAGCCGGUGCGCCGCUCGUCGCGCAGUGCUGCGACACCGUCCGUGGCACCGUGGACCUGCUCGACGAGGUCCGCCUCUCCACCGGCGACGCGGCGGACGGGGACCGGUUCUUCUGGCUCGACCUGCACGGCGUGCCUCCCCCGCUCCCCGGGUCAGCGGAGUGGGGGCAGCGGCCGCGGCGGUGGCAGCGGAAGCAGCACGCCGCGUUGAGGGCUGCGGCGCAGGCGGCGGCGCAGAGCGGCGGUGGACGGCCGCCGGAGGUGGAGAUGCGGGCGCUGUGGACGGCGCUGGGGCUGCAGGGCACCACCAUCGAGGCCCUGGCGGAGGUGUGCCAGCAGCGCCAGCUCAACCCGCGCCCCGAGCGCACCUCGCUGGACGACGUGUACGAGGAGGAGACGGUCGGCUUCGCCUGUCCCGACGACCGCGUGCUGCACGUGGAGCCGCUGGCCGCCGUGACGGAGGUUUCGCUGACGGCCCAGUCGGAGCCGAUCUCGCCCGAGAACCGUCGCGAGGCGCCACCGCGAGCCGGCCUCGCCUCCGCGCGCCUCGGUGCGACCCACUACGUGGUGAUGGAGCUGGCCACGCUGCUGACCAGUGUGCCCGCGACGGCGACGAGCACCAGCGCCGGCGCGUGGUCCAGCACCUUCCUGUCGCGCGCGGGGCCCGGCGACUUCGCUAAUGAGCCGCUGAACGACGCGGUGUGGUCGGAGGCGAUGGGGCGCGGCAUGCACGCCUUCUCCCCCGGCAUCCGCGAUGCGGCGGCGGCAGCGGUGGCCGGUGCUUCGCGGCGCGGGGGGCUGAGGGCCGGUCGCGGCGGACGCGGAAACCGCCAGCUGGCGCCGUCCACAUUCCACCCCGCCGAGCUCGCCACGACGCCCCUCGUCACCUCCACCUACGUCAUCUGCUUCCCCGGCGGCUGCGUGACGUGGUGCCCGGGCAGCACGUUGGGGCUGGUCAGCGCCGUGCGGCGGGAGAAGCGGCUCGCGGCAGCACAGCAGCGUCGCCACCGGUGGAACAGCCCCUCCGCAGCGGAGAACGGCACCCCCGCCCCGCUGUCGACGGACCCGCACCACCACAGCGGCGACGACUCCUCCGACGCCGACGCCGACGUGGACGACGGACUCGAGGUGCACUACGUGAAGUCGUGGGAGCGGCUGCAGGCCUCCGUCUUCCAGCGCCUUCGCCACAUGGCUUCUCGCAAGGCGGUCAGCGCCUCCUGUGGCACGCCCGCCGCAGCUGCGGGUGCCGCCUCCCUGUGCACCUCCGGCUUCGUCGCCCUUCUCCUGUCCACCGUUUUCGACGCCUAUCUGCCCAACACCUCCGUGGUGCUUGACGAAGUUAACGGUAUUGACUCCAUGCUGUCGGUGGAGGGCUCGGAGGAGGAGGGACGCGCCCAAGCCGAUGCGCUGCGCCGCGUGCUGCUGCUGCGCCGCCGCCUCUCCGUGCAUCGCCGUCUGCUGUUCCAGAAGGCACGCCUGCUGGAGGCGUUGGACAAGCCGGCGAUGCACACCUUCGCGCGUUUCGUGCGGACGGCGAGGGGGCCGACGUGGCCUGCCAGGACGGCCGAGCAGACCUACGGAGGUGGGGGUGUGAGCAACGUGCACGACGGCGGUGAUGCGAGCGCUACGUGCUUCCCCGCCGCUGGAGGAAAAGGACACGCCGGCGGCAGGAAGCGCAACGCAAACGCGAGUCGCUCCCGCGCACGGAUGGGGGAGCCGCCCUCGCUGGAUGCCAUUCACAAGGGCAUGCUGAGCGUGCUGCGCAACCUGGAAGCUGCGCGCACGGUGCUGGGCAACACAACUCUGAUUUACAGCUCGAAAAAGGAGUACCACAGCGCUCGCACGAGCGUGACCUCGGACUAUUUCGUGCUGGUAUGUCAGUACGUGUUUCUGAUUGUCCUCCCCCUGCAUUUGGUGGCUGCGCACUGGGGCAUGAACUGUAUGGUGCCGUUCAAAGACCUGGGCAGUGUCACCCCGUUCUGGACCAUUGUGGGCAUUAUUUUGUUUCUGUCCGUUGCGGGUGUUGCGGUGCCCAUUUACGCCUAUCGUAUUCGGCGCAUCGAGAUGAUUGCGUGA